CGAUGAUCUUGGUCGGAAUCAGCAGUAGCGGCGGACGCGCGCUGGUGUCGGCAUCGGCUCUUUUGCUGUUGCUGACUACUCUGCUGCUAUUGCUGGUUGCUAACAAUUUUUUUGUUUUGUUUUUGCUGAUUUCAUUGAAUCAACAUAUUUCGUUAAUCAUCAUUAACAAAAACAACAACAACAUCAUUUUCAUCAUCAUCAUUAUCAUCGUUGUCAUCAAUUUGAUCUUUUGAAUGUCUUCUACUUCUUCUUCUUCUUUUUGAUAUUGUUCAUCAAACGACGAGUUGUUUGAAAUUUUUCAUCAUCAAAAUAUUGUUUGGUCAAGGAUCAAAAUUUGAAUUAGAACGUGUGCGCGAGAGACCCACACCACCACCAUUCAACCUUCUGUCUCUCAUCGAAUAAUAUCUAAAAUAGUUUGCCAGGAGUAAGCAAGAAAAGUAGCAGAAGAAACACAGAAACCGGUUUUCAUCGGGCGUGGGAAGAAGAAGAAGAAGAAGAGGAAUAAGAAGAAGAAAAAAGAAAAAAGAAAAAAGAAAAAACGGGCACGAGCCAAAAGAAGAUAACGAAAGAAAAAGAAAAAAGAAAAAAACUACGAGUUUUGUUAUUAGACACGCGAGUUUUUCUUUUUGGAUACUUUUUUUUUAAUUACUUUCAAUAAGUAAAAGGAAAAAGUAACAAGAGAGAAAGAGAAAGAGAGAGAGAGAGAGAGAGAGAGAAGAAAUUUUGGUAAUUCUCUCAUUGUCAAAAUGAGCUCGUCGACUUAUGCGGGGAGCUCGGAAGCAGCGGUUUCAGGAUUUUGUGCCGCGCCUCCACCACCCCCACCACCUCCACCGGUACCCGGUCAAAUGCCAAGUAUGAGGAUCAGUACUGCCGAGGGACCAGGUAUGAAAAGGGCCCAAUUACCGGUUAACCCAGCAGACACCGGUUACGAACCACCAAUAGCAAUUCAAAAUGCUAUUUUAACGAAGGACAAGAAACCCUUUACUUAUACACCCGGUAUGGGUGGUAAAUUAGACCUAUCUCAAAUUCGAAGUCCACGUAUGGCAAGAAGAGUAGCAAAGAAUGCGAACGACGAGGGUAUAGAAGGGCCACCAAAGUCAGCCCUCGAAUCGAAACCAGUGCAACAAACGACUGGCGCGAGUCUCUUUGUUCAGCCGCAAGUCGCCGUUCCGGUUUUCCCACUGAAUGCUCCACCUCAGCCUCCGGUCAAUAGAAAUUCGCAAGUGCCGAUUCUCAAUAGAGUGCCUUCAAAUGCAGCGGACAGACAAGUGGAACAGACAACAAAAAUUGGUGCCAAAGAUGAGACGAAAGUGACUCCCAUCCAGAUUACAAAUAUUCAACCAGCCUCACCCGAAAGUCCCUGUACUCCUCAAGUGACAUUGGCGAAAGCACCAACGCCUUGGUUACAAAAUAAGAACAAGCAGCAGGAAGAAUUGCCGGAGUGGGCGAAACGUUCGAGCGUCAAUAAAACAGCUAACUCGUCACCCGAGUAUAAUCCGUCCACGCAACCAACCUACGCUACGAAUAAGACUGAGUUAAAUCAGCAAACGAUACCGCAAUGGCAGCAAAAUCAGCAAAGACAGCAAACAUCUCAACAGCAACAACAACAACAACAAAGGCAACCAUCACAACCGCAAAGUCCAACCUAUCAACAGAUACGUCAAGUGUCUAGUCCUACAAUUCAGCAACCUCAGGAACGUCAACCGAUGAUCAAUCAUCAAACGCAACAACAAGAACGAGUCAUACCUAUUCGUAUCGAAGACAGACCAUCGGUAUUUGCAGUAAAACAAGAACCUGGACAUCAUCAAUUCAAGACUCAACCUAGUGUACAUCAUCAACAACGAUGGGGUCAAACAAGUCCUCAGAAUCAAACCACACAAUCGCAAAUCUAUGUACCAUCUUCUCCGCAAACUCAACAGGCACCGACAUCAUACGUCAUCCCUAUCAUGGUAGAAGGUGAUGAUAGGAGAACGAACGUAACACCUGCCACUAAUGUUCAACAAUCUAACGUUAGAGUUAAUCCUGUUAGAAGUGAACCAGCAAAAAUAAUUGUUCAACCAAGAGGUCCAACACCAAUUCAAGAACCUGGACCAGUUCAAUCUCGAUCCUUCCGAGUUCUUCAAAAAAUCACUGAUACAGAUUCCACCAAUGAUGUUGAUACCGAACAAUUGCGUAAAUUACAACUUACUGAAGAUGAUAGGAUUUUAAUGAACAAGUUCAAAGAACAAGUUGAUGGGGAUAAUUAUCUUCAUCAAGAAGAAGAUCCACGAUAUCGUGGUGCAGCGAUACCAUCGCGUGCUUUUCGAUUUUUACAAAACAUGACCGACUCUGGCGAGAUCUCAGCUGCAGCUACAAUGCCACGAGUACAAAAUGCAAACAAGAAACAGAAUAGAAACUCUAAAACUUUUGAAGACGUGCAAUCAAAUUUACCACCAAGCGAGCAACAAGUACCAGAACCGAAAAAAUAUAUGGGCAGUGCGAUACCUUCUCGAUCUUUCAGAAUAUUGCAAGCUAUGACUGCACCUGAGAGCGUAGCCACGCAAGAAAAUCGUCAAGCAGAUUACACCUGCCAAACCGAGAAUAACGUGCCGGGUAAUCAGCAUGGUGUAUAUAUACCUGUCUGUCCCCAUCCCCCACCUCCAGGCCCUUUACCACCACCACCACCACCACCACCAAUACCUUAUUGGAAUCCUGAGGGUUGGUGGGGUUAUUAUCAUCCAAUACAAUAUCAAACAAUUCCUAAUCUGAACGAUCCUAACUCGAUGAAGUUAUCCUUCGAUCCUUACGUUUAUCGUCGUUAUGAGGAUGGUAACACUUACGUUUUUUAUCCACUUUACAAUCAGAAUUACAUGUCAUGUGAUAAUUUUGAACAAGAGAACAAUAUUUAUACGCAAUACGUGGCACAUUGUCAACCACCGAUUCAACAGGUGAAUGUUAAAGAAUCAACCAACAACAUUGUUCAAUCAAAUUUGAUGAAUGAAGAAAAUCUGAUUGCAACGUCAAAUGAUAAUAAUGUUUUUAAAGAAGAUCAUUGGAGAAAAAUGAACGAUGUUUCAAAGGUGCCAAUUAAUGAGAAACCUAAUGAUCGUCUUAAUACAACAUUGAAUAUUGUUGAAGAGGAAAAAGAACGAACUGUUUCAAAGAUUGAUGCUGAACACUUUGAUAAAACAAAAAUCAUUGUGCCUAAUUACACUUACGUUGACUGCAGUGAUUCUAGCGAUUCAGAUUCGGAUAGUUCAUCUUCAUCAUCAUCAUCAUCUUCAUCUAGCAAGUUGACCAAAAGUAGGAACAACGAUACCACUACGAACGACACGAUAUCUGAAAGUGAUUCGGAUUCUUAUUUGGCUUAUUCAACGGGUUUAAAUCCACAUGGGAAAUCUGAAGGGACUGAUCAAUGCAAUGAUAACAUUGAUGAUAAAAAAACCAUUGAAAUUGGCAAGGAACUUUGUUCGGAGAACACCAUUUCCAGUUGUGAUUCGGAAAAUGAGGAAGAAGAAGAAGAAGAAGAAGAAGAAUAUCGUGUUGAAUCUUUGAAAAGUGACCCAGUUUUACCGGCUCAUCGGUUAAGUGUUAUUUACGAGGACACUGCCGAGCACGUAGAAGUUGAAAUUCCUUGUCCAAGAAAAAACAAGGACACCAAAAAGUGGAACAACGUGACACCUUGCGAUGAUCCACCUGACGAUGUGGACACAACUGUCAGUGUCAGUUUACCAUUGAGAUUUAAAUUCUCUGUUUCUGAAAACAACGAAGAUGUUACCACAGUGAUCGUUGGUGAUAGUCAAAUAAAAUCGGAGAAAAAAACCCUAACCUCUGAAAAAUAUCAUCGAAUUGUGGAAGAAGAUACCACGGUUGAUUUUACUUUGAAAAGACCAAGUACAAAAGUUCAAUCAAUUGAAGAACAAAAUGUUGUUGAAACAAACAAUGAAAUUGAUGACACUGCACACGUUAAUUUUACUCUGAGAAAAGUUCCUACAAAAAUUAACAGAGUUAAUUGUGAAGAAUCGGUUGAAACAGAAUUUACGAUUAGAUCGAAGAAAGUUGACGUUACCAGUCACGUUAGAAAGGACAAGAGGAAGCUCGAUGGUGAAAGGCAACGAGAAAAAAUUCAUCGAAAUAACCAGAACCAAUCUGUUGGUUCUGUGUCAAUCGAGAAAAAUGAAAAAAUCGAACCGGAAAUCGUAGUGUCCGAAUGUAAUUGGAACGAGGAUAAAGAAAAUUCGCGAAAUUUGACAACCAAACUCGAUGAUUCGAUCGAUCAUUCGGAAAAUAACCAAAUAAAGGAAUCCAAUCAACAAGAUGACGAAAGUUACGUUGAAAUGGAAGUUGAACAAACUAAUAAAGAAACGAAACAUUUGUUGAGCGUACAAAAUUCACGAGAAGAAACUGACGAUGAGGACAGUGGUGUGACAUCGGACAUGAGUCGAAUGAUAUCAGAAGUUGACACAGAUUCCGAAUGUACAUCGACGAAAAAUAUAAGAAAAUAUCAAAGAACUCAAACUCAUUCGCGUCUUUUCAGGUUAUUAAACGAUGAUUCUAUUUUGGCAGAGGAUACAACAGAGAUGACAGAUGGAAUAUUAGGUUCAUCGUUGAAACGAGAAUAUCUGAGUUUACCAUUGAAAACACAUGCAUUUAAUUACGACGAGAACAAUUAUUGUUCCAAUUAUUCCAGUGGUUUAACGUCACCAGAAUAUUCGCCUAUUUGUGAACAAUCAUGGAAAAAAUUACACGAAUCUGAAUUGGAUUUCAAUCGACAAUUAAACCAUCAACAUCAACAUCAACAACAACAACAACAACAUCGUCUUGAGAGAAGCAUUUCCAAGGAAGACCCUUAUUACCAAGCAUGGAAAAGUCCCAAAUCAAAUAACGCGAAUGAACGUGAUCAAAAUCACGAUGUUUUACCAUCGAUUGCUUUUAAAAUUCUCGAUAGCAAAAUACCAUAUUGGAAUUACAAGGUCAACGUUUUAUGUCCACGUAUCAAAAGUAGCAAAAGUGUACCCCAAACUUUACAAGGAUGCAAGACGAACGGAUCGAAUGGACCCGGAUCGGUUGUUGUUAGAUCUUCACCAACUACAACCCUUCCCCUAUCCUACGUCGAUAACGACCAUUGCUGAUGGCCCGGGGCAGAGUGAGGGCCGUGUUUGGCCGCAAACAACCGGUCCACGGAACGAGCUUCGCGCAACUUUUCUCGAAAUUCGCAACGACUGGGCGACUAAUGCCCGGGGAGCUACAGGCUACGUGAUUUUUUUUCUAUCGGUAC